AUGGUGGAUGUGAGGGACCUGAAUGGGUACAGAAAGGGGGAAAGAGAAGUAAAGCAGAGAAGGGAAGAUGAUGGUGAGAUGGAGGCUGGUAUGGUUAAUGAGCAGAAAAGGUACUGGAAGAUCAGUCUGCAGUGGGGGCACUGUCCCAGUUGGAUUCGAUAUUUGGCUCCAGCAGCAGCAUUGUGGUUUGUGAUUCAGGAAAAGAUGCACCUUGUUGAGGAUGGAGGCUGGUUGCUGCUGGCUGGGAUGCUGUGGACAGGCAUUAUCUUCUGUGUUUCUUUACUAAAGUUCCUUUACCAAUUCAGAAAGCAAUAUAAGCAGAAGAAGGUCUCAGAGACAAGUGAGAUUGUUGAGCAAAGGACUGGCCAACGUCAUCAGGCGUGUCUCAUCAGUAAGCAAGAUGCAGUUCAUCUGCUAUCUAUGGUGAGGGCUCUACUGGAUGGCUUGGUAGUCUCUCUUCUCCAGGAACCACUGUCAGAUCCAAGGGUUUCCCAGAUACAAGGCCUCCUCAACAAGCUGGAGGCAGUGUAUCAAUUAAUAAUAGUAGCAGUAAACAAUAGUUUCCUUAUCGAGGAGCGACUGCUGUCGGCCAACAAUAAGGAGGACAAAGUGAUCAAGACUAGAGUAGAAGACAGGGUGAAACAUAUUUGCACUUACCUGCAAGAGAGGGUGAGUGCCCUGCACUUUCUCCUUCAGACCCAGGAUCAGUAUGGGGUAUGCAUAGUUAAUGUUCAGCAGGAGUUGCAGGGGUACUGGGAGCUGCUAGAGGAUCUGCACAACAAAGUGACCCUGCAGCCAGAAAAGUGUCAGGGCAUUGAGGAUCCUCACACUGUCCUCACUGACACUGAGGGCUUGUACACAAAACUGGGUCUGUUUCAGCGUAGGAUUCAUGAGUGUCAGGUGCACCUGAGCACAAGUACACAUCUUCUUGAGGAACUGGAAAAUAGGCAGCAGGAUCUGGCUCAGACUAUCGGCCUAACACUGGAGUCUACUUGGACUAAAGACCUUUUGCAGUGUAACACCCAACAGGGUUGCGAGGAGCCUGAAGCCUAUCUCAGGGGACUCGGGACAUGAGUCAAGGGACACUGUGGAUGGGUACGAACACAUCACAGGGCAUAAUCACACACCCAUUCACACACUACAGACAAUUUGGAAAUCGCAAUGAAUGUAUUUGGAAUUUGCAUGUCUACAGUGCAUGUCUUUGGACUGGGGAAGUAAACCGGAGUACCCGGGAAAAAACCCCCCGAAGCACAGGGAAAACAUGCAAAUGCCGCUCACAUAGGGUGGGGGUGUGAAUCAAACCCCCAACCCUGGAAUUGUUAGGCAAACAACAAAUAAAAUAGUUUCUUGGCAAAUAAUUUUUGUUAAACAAAAUCAGUCGUUCUGAGUUGGUGGUGGAAAGAUUGUCAGUUUAAAUCCCAGCGAACUUUUAAUGGGCUCUUGAGCACUGCCUUUGACCCCUUCUUGGAUUAAAGUAAUUUUCAAAUCAAUAAACGGGAUUUUGAUUUAAAUCAACCUUAAAUAUGGCCAGAUAUUUUUCUACAGGGUCAUGUUCAGCAUGGCUGGAUGUUGUAUUAUUGUUGUUUUUUUUUUUUUUACAUCACAUGUAGGAUACACACAAACAUCUCACUAAUAGAUAAUUAGUAAUAACUAAUAACUGUAAUAAGUAAUAACUGUAAUAACUAAUAUGAAACUCUGUAACUGCUACUAUGCAGGGCAGUAGUUCUCAAACUGGGGGUUCUCAAUCCACCAGAUGUCGCCAGGGGGGCCGCAUAGAAAUUCUAGAACAUUUAUUAUCUUUUAAUUUUUUUUAUUUUACCUGUAUGUAGGUCGGGAUUGUCAACCUUUGAAUUAUGAUGUACAUAAAAAUGAGAAAUAUUAAUAAAUUAAAUCAAUUAUACACAGAACGCUAAGAGACACGAACAAAAACAUCUGUUUAUAUACUAGUGUAUAGUACUGUUAGCCACACACUUUUAAAAUUGAUAAGUUUUUAGAUAACCACUUAUCAAUGUUACAUAGUCUUUUAGCUGAGAAAGUUAAAACAGAAGAGUCUAGCGUGAAAAAAAAAUUAAAUUGUGAAAAUUUGAUGACUCUAGGGGGUCACAAUGGGAUACACCUUACACAAAGGGGGCCUCACGCUAAAAAGGUUUGAGAACAACUGAUGUAGGGUAAUAUGUUUGUUAAUGCAUUUCACAAAAUAUGGUUUUCUCUCUAGUUGUAAUACUUUUUCCUUUAAUUCAGUUGUCUUUGAUUUGGAACACUGGCAUUUUCUAACCCCCCCCAACCACCACCACCACCAUGAGAGCAGGUUGAUUCCAUCUUCCUGCCCCAUAGAACUGGCAUGGGCACCAAAGAGGGAAUUUUCCACCGUUUGGCUUGUCCAGGAUGCACACACAAGCACCUCUGUCAAAGCCAGAGCCCACCCUACCUUCAUCCUGUCCAAAAUGUUCUCAGCAGACUUUAUUUCCAUCUUUCUUGCCCUCUCACAAUAUCCUUCAUUCACAUUCCUCUUCUCUCCAGGUGUUUUCCUGUUUUCUUCCUCACUUUGUCCAUCUCUGAUUGCCUCUAUUUCAUUCCACUCUUCUCUCUUGGCUGUCUUUCUCACUUCCCUUGUCUGCAUAUCACUGUUUACAUAGGCUAUGCAUUUCUUCUCUUUUCUACAGUAAAGCUGAGCUCUUCUUCCAGGUUCCCCUUCAAAUCUGUGAAAUAAAAAAAUGCAGAAAAAUACUGUAUUACGAUUACAUUCAUUAAUGCUUCAAGUUUUUAAAGAUUAACUUUCUUUAAAGGACUAAAAAGCUUUGGAAAUAUACACAUUGCAGUGCUCCUGGAUACAUCAUCAGUUAUGUAACCUGGAAUCAUUUGGGUUAGGCUGUUUUAAUUCAGCUCAAUUAAAUGUUAUUUGUAUAGCACUUUCAACAAUGGACAUUGUCAUAAAGCAGCUUUACAGAAAUAUGUAAAAAUUUUACAUAGGUAUAAAUUUUACAUUUUAUAAACUUAUCCAUAAUGAGCAAGCCAGAAGCAAUGGUGGCAUGGAAAAAGUCCCUGAGACGACAUGAGGAAGAAAACUUGAGAAAAGACAGACUCCAAAGGGAACCUAUCCUCAUGUGGGUGACAUGGGAUAGUGUGAUAAUAAAUCAUUUCUAUUCUAUAACUGUAUUCUAUAUAGUCAAAAAGUGCAACUAUGUAAACAGGAGCUUAUGGGCAACUUAUGAGUAUGAGAAUCAGAAAUCAGACUAAUUUCUGAAUGCAUUAUAGAUUUAACUUAAAGUCUGUUGUAUCAAGCUGAAGUUAUUAACUAUUCAACAGUGGAGACUUGAGUGCAAAUUGUUCUUAGAAAUUGCAGUCCUAAGACUAUCCAAGUAAUAACAUCCACAGGCAUCUUCAUGGUUUCUAUGUGGUACCAUCCAGAGUAAUCUCAUGGUGAUCUCUUUAAGCUGUCCAUUUGAGGCCAUCCUUAUCAGCAGCAAGUGAUUUUCAGGUAAUGAGAACUCCAAACAGAAGUAGGGAAUCAGAAUGGCUCUGGAAGAUCUGGAAAGCAGAAGUCAGGAUCACUGAUAGCAUGUGUAGCUUGACAAAGAGACAGAAGUGCGGGAAAAGAGGGAGGGGAAAGUGAACGAACAUAGAUUGUUAGAUAUGCUCUUGUCAUGUAAUGGUUAAAGAAUAUGUACACUGUACACAGAGUGCAAGCAGGGACUUUGGCAAUACUAGCUAUGACAGGGGGUAGGCCUAGAGUUCAACAGUGAGACUGUGUCUGAGUCCCGAACACUAAUAAUUAGGCUGUUUCAUAACUGCACAGCUAUGCAAGAGAAAGCUCUGCCCCCACUUUUUGAUCCAAGUAGUCACGGUGGAAAUUAAAAGCCAGACGUUUUGUCAGGUAGUGUAGCACGAGACCAUUCAAUGCUUUAAAGGUCAACAGUAUUAUUUUGUAAUAAAUGCUACAUUUUAUUGGGAGUGUAUGCAGUGUGGGUAAGAUAGGGAUGAUGUGGUCAUAACUUCUGGCUCUAGUAAGGACACUGGCUGCAGCAUUCUGGACUAACUAAUGCUUGUUUAUGCACCUACUGGAACAUCUAGACAGCAAGGCAUUACAAUAUUCCAAGCUAGAGGUACAAAAGUGUGAACUAGUUUUUCUUCAUCAUGUAGUAACAUUAUAUUUCUUAGCAGUAUUUCUGAGAUGUAAAAAAAAAAAAAAAAGGCUAUCCUUUUAAUAUUAUCAACAUGAGCUUUAAAUGAAAGACUGGAGUCAAUAAUCACACCAAGGUCUUUUACUGCUGCACAUGAUGAAACAGAAAUACCACCCAGAGAUACUAUGUAAUCAGAAAGCUUACGUCUAGCUGCACUUUUGUUACUAAGCAUCCAGGAUCUAAUGCCCUUUACACAUAACUCAACUUUAUUAAGCUGGGGUCUCUCAUCUCGCUUUGCUAAAACAUACAGCUGCUUGUCAUCAGCACAACAAAUGGAAACUAACACUUUGUUUAUAUAUAAUUUUACAAAGCUGUAACAUAUACAGUGGAUAUAAAAAGUCAACACACUCCUGUUAAAAUAGCAAGUUUUUCUGAUGUAAAAAAAAAAAAAAAAUGAAACUAAGUGCUACAGGGUAGGAUUGCAAGACAGAAAUCCUUUUAUAUAAAAAAUAAAAUCCAAUCUCCCAAAACCAUGUAGAAUAAUGUGUUAUCCUCUGAUUAGACCAAAAUUGAACUUUUUAGCCAUAAUACGAAGAGAUUUUGGUUUUAUUAUGAUUGGCACAAAAAAAUACACAGGAAGCAUGGUGGUGGCAGCAUCAUGCUUUGGGGCUGCUUUUCUUCAGCUGGAACUGGGGCUUUAAUUAGGAAGGAGGGAAUCAUGAAUAGCUCCAAAUACUAGUCAAUUUUGACACAAAACCUUGAGUCAUCUGCUAAAAUCUUAAGAUGAAGAGGCAUCUUUCAGCAUGAAAAAGACCCAAAGCACAUCUCCAAAUCAACAAAGGAAUGGCUUCACCAAAACAAGAUCAAGGUCUUGGAAUGGCCCAGUAAGAGUCCAGAUUUAAAUCCAAUCAAAAAUGUGUGGGGUGACCUGAAGAGGGCUGUGCACAGGAGAUGCCUAACCAAUUUCACAGAGUUAGAAUGCUUUUGCAAGGAAGAAUGGUUAUAUAUUGCAAGAUAUACCAAAUAAGUCUGACUGACUCUUAACCAAGAUGACUGAAUGCUGUGAUAAAAUCUAAAGGUUCUUCAACUAAGUAUUAGUUUAGGAGUUAUUGUACAUUUUUCAUUUUUUCCCACUAAAUUGAUUCUAAUUGUUUUUCCCUUUAAUUUAUAGGUUAAAAUUUUGCAGUAAAGGUAGAAAGGGUUCUGACAUGAUUGUCACGUUUCGUGAGGCUCAUGCUCCACAGCGCGCUGCAUAAAGGGGAACUCGUGACA